AUGCUCAAAUCUGAUAAUCUUGAUGAUAUCGGUAUUACCGUCAACAACGUUGAAAGCACUGAAAACCACUCCGAACGUCAUAGAUCCUCCUCAACUAAUUUUUUCGUCUCAUUCUUGGCACGUGUCAAAUUACUUUUCACCACUGCUUUAGCUGAGGUUUGUGAUUGCUCAAUAGCUUCUAAACAUCAUCCUCCCCAUGGUGACUCAUUUUCUAUCAAAGGAGAUGAGGACGGUUUAGAUGAAAAUUCAUCCCACUCCGUUAAGGCACCUCUAAAUACUGUCCCUACAGAUCAAGAACCCUCCAAAGUCGCUCUUCUACAUGACUGUGCUAAUGAGGAUAUCGGUGACCUUCAAACUGAAAAUAGUGAGGCAUCCACGAAACCCCCUGAGGUUGCUUUCAUAACCUUACUCAAGGAAUCGUCACAUGACCUCAAUAAAUCCUACGAUUCUCUCCGCAGCUGUGAUCCUGUUACUGAAGAGCAUCUGGAACCUAUUGAUCAGGGAGAUGAAGGACAGUUUUCCACCGCCAUAACUUUCGCCCACCCAACUAUGAUGUUCAGUGUCGAACCGGAAGUCUAUUAUUCUAAGCUCCUGCAGAUUGCAGAAAAAACGCAAAUAUUCGAAAUUCCCAUGACAACUGAAGAAGAGGUCGUUAUGACAGAUGAUUUUCCAGCAGAAAAUGUGUGUUCUUCCUCUGAGAUUUUUAGUGAUUGCGAAUGCUCGCAUCCUCUUACUACACUUGGACGACUUCAGGCUAAGCUGAUUAAUGGGCACAUAACUGAUGAGGAGUACCAAAAACUAGCUUCCAAUGUCAUCAGUUCAACAAUUCCCAGGAAUCUAUCUGACUCGUGUGAGACACGUAAACCACGAGGUGCUAAUCAACUCUAUGCUUGGCAGAUUCCUCCGCCUCUUCCAGAAAUGCAUUUUGCUGAAAAAUUAAUGGAUCCGACUGAUCAGGAAGAUUCGGAUGUGUUUGACGAAUCUAAUCCCAGUGCCUUUGUGGAUUCCCUAAUUUCAAAUGCAGUUGAAAAAUUUACUCAUGACUGCCAAAUUGAUGGUUCUAAGCCUCUAGAUAAACCGGAUGGUACUGCAAUCAUCUCGUCUGAUAAUUUCCAACUCCAAAUUGUUAAACCAUCGGAUAUUUCCUACGAUGGAUUUCAGACCAGCAGUUUAGACCGAGUACGAAGUCCAACAAUAUCUUGCUGCGAUGCUACCAAAAGAUCAAAACGGAGCAGUUCGCUAAAGUCUGAGCGAUCACCCGACGAUACUCCUUGUCGAAAAAUAGUCAGAUUUGCCGAUUCUCUGGGUCUCGAUUUGGUCUCUGUUAGGCAAGUGAAAGACACAGAAAAUCCCCCGUUUAUUCCUGCUUCUGCAACUAUGGACCUUAAUCUUGACAAAGAAAAAUCUUUUAGCUCUUUGGGUGCCAAACAAUAUCAGAUAUGUUUCUCCCAACCAGGUGCAUCGCCGAAUUUCAUACACCAUGUUCUCACACAUUUCGUUUGCCUUGAAAAUGCCCGAGUCGAUUCCUCUAGAGGACUUCUUACUGGAACUAUUCGAGUGAAGAGUGUAGGUUUUGAGAAGAAGGUUGCGGUGCGGAUAACCUAUAACGAUUGGUCUACCUUCUUUGAAAUUCCCACAUCCUAUGUUCAGGACUCUCACGACGGUACUACCGACCGAUUUUCCUUUUCAGCCGUCUUUCCUAACUCCAUGGUUGCUAAUGAUCGAGCUCAAUUUGCGAUAAGGUAUGAAAUUCAUUCUGGAGUCACCUAUUGGGAUAAUAAUCAUGGAGAAAACUACAUUGUAACUUGUUAUGCGAAGGCAACAGAUAUGGCUGGAGACGGUUCUUGGAUUCAUUAUCUCUGA